UUCACGGUUUGAAACGGUUACCAUAGCAACCGCGACUCUUCACUUGAUAUCUCUAAAUAUCCGCGAGUGCCAAAAUGCUGGAUUUGACGGCAAAUUUAAGCUCUCUGGGAUUUGAGGCCGGUCUCGGUGAAGACGAGAAAGAGUUGGUAUUUCUGCGCGGUCGGUCCGCUGCCUUGACUGUCGGUGGAUGUGCGCAUGCUGUAUUUGCAUAUGAGCUUCUGAGUUUGUUAAGAAAGAGCGUGAACGCGGAGAAUGGCGCCGCUAAGGCACAUCUGCGUGUCGGUGUGCUGGGAGCGGGACUCGCUGGAAAACAGCUGGCGACGGCUUUACUGCGUGCCUCCAGCCUCAGACCUCACCACUUCAACAUCUCCACCAGAAGACCCGAGACAUUAGGGGAAUAUUCGACCGUGGGUGUCGAGUGUUACUUUGACAACGUCCGACUGGCUAAGUGGGCAGACGUGCUGUUCCUGUGCGUCUUGCCCUCUCAGCUAGCUCAAGUCUGCGCAGACGUCCGCCGUCAUCUGUCUUCAGGCUGUCUGGUGUACAGCUUCACCUCGGCAGUGCCUCUCAACAGGCUAGCUGUGCUUCUCGACCACAGUUCUGUUAUCAAACCCCGCUAUGGGUUUGUGGCUUGCUCUGAUGUCGAUAGGGCCUGGCUUCUCCACGGUCAGCUGACCUCAGCUCUACAGGAUGAAGAAGUGAUUUCAGCCUCGCUUCCUCUUUCAAUGAAUGGCGGCCUCUUCCUGGAUCAGAGAUGGGUAUCUGCUGUGCUCUACGGUCUCCUCAACAUGUGCACGGCGCAGAAGCUGGCCUCCGGAAAGACUCUCCGGCUGCUGAACGGCCUGUUUGAGACAAGCGCAUUCACUUAUCACACUUUUAUAAAUUCACCCAGCGCGUCUGACCUUGAUAACCCCGACGACCUUUUUCCGUGGAUCAGUUUGGUUGACGCUCAAGCUAAAGACACUCCAUUGACUGAUUUGGUGUCGAGAGAUAAAGGUUUGCGAGACUGCCUUUCGGUGAUGUACUACAGUGUAUUCCCAAACUUGGCAGAAUGAUAACUGUUUUGUAUAUUUUUGCGUUCGUGUUCGAUCUGUUUAUCUUAAACCGGCAGGGUGUUUGUAAAGUCAAGUCUAAAAUAGGUGUUAAUUAAACUCUGGGGAGAAGUUAGCGUGUCAGCUGGAUCCCCUUGAGCCGCCGGGUGCUAUAUUUGUGUUUUUAUCCUCGCCGGAUUUUUGCAACACAUGGCCGAAUGGCUUUGAAAUGUUUCCCAGCGCAUUUACCUCCACACGAUAUCUGCUGAUGAUAAACAAAUAUCUCACAGAUGUUGUAACGCUACCAAUAAAAGCGCUUAAAUGCAAGACAAAUAAAUGUAAUGUAAAGUGA